CACAUAAUACUCAUCACUCAUCAGACGUAUCAAACAAGGUUAUACUGGCGUGGGAUAGAUAGAAGGGAACCAGCAUUUGCCAUCUUCUGCGGGGAAGAGAUGGAGAGACAGAGAGAGGGAGAGACAAGCAGCAGAUAGAUCCCAGGGUUGAAUACAGAGCAGGUAGGUAGGUAGACCAGUCUGGGGCAGAAACUGGCAGUGCGUGUGUUUAUUAAAUGGACUAUAAAAGCAUUUCCCUGAAAAUAUUCGGAUGUGUCAGAGUAUGGAGAGAGCGAGUGUUUGUGUGUGUGUGUAUAUAUUGGGAAAGAGGCUGCAAGCUAUGCGCGCACCGGGAAUGACAUCCCUCCGCGCGCGACCAGUCGCCCCCCCCCCCCCUCCUGGACAGUUUACCGGACCAGAGCUCGCUCGGGUUUCAUAAGAUGCGCGAGCUGCAAACUGCAGUAUAAAACCCCGGUGUCGUUGAGGCUGAGGUGAUCAACAUUCUUCGGACCGUUCAGCCACCGUCUCUUUGGCGGAGCAGGACAGAAGACUUCCCGACACGCGACCGGACAGUGACCCCGUCGCAAUGUUGAUUUUCUCAGGGUUAGUGGUGUGGGCUCUGAUGGUUACAGCUGAGAGUGGCAUCGGACCCAGCACAAACUCUAGUUUCUGCACAGAGUCGAGAGAAUGUCUGGAGUAUGAGCUAGUGUGCAAAACUGAUCAAUAUGAGGUACGCCACUACAGCCCUACACGCUGGGUGUCCACAGAUGCGGAGGCCUACUUCCUGGGUGUGGGAGCAGCCAUGGCCUUUAGACGACUCUUCCAGUACAUCACUGGAGCCAACCAUCUAGGGCUCCAGAUGGAGAUGACCGCCCCGGUGCUGGUCAGAGUUCCCGAGGAGACCAGGGUCUGGGAGCCUGCCGUCUACACCCUCAACUUCCUGCUUCCAUUAGCCUAUCAGGACAACCCUCCCUCACCCACCAAUGAGAAGCUGUACUUCACAGACAUGCCAGACCUGGAUGUGUACGUGCGGGGCUACGGCGGCUGGAUGCUGUCGGUCUCCUCCAGACUCCACGCUCACCUGCUCUCUCAGCAGCUGCAGCUCCUGCACGCGCCCUACAACCUGUCCUACCACUACGGAGUGGGCUACGACAGUCCCCUGAAGUUGCUAAACAGACACAACGAGGUGUGGUAUGUCGCAGAGGGAGAAGUUGUGUGCAACGACUCACAAGAACCAACGUCCACACCCCCCCCCUCAGACACCCCUACACACACUCCUACACACACUCCUUCACACACACCCUCCGACACACCUACACACACACCUACACAAAAACCCUCCGAUACCCCUAUACACACACCUACACACACACUUUCUGACACUCCAUCACACACCCCCACCGACACCCCUACACGCACACCGUCCCAGUCCGCAGCUAACUCCCCAAUGCCCUUCCCCUCCCACCCACCCGUGUCUGACCCCUCUUCUGACCAGCCAGUGAGCGACACAGCUGCCUGGACCACCCCUGACCCCUGA